AUGAGUGUAUUUGGCAAAAAAGCUAAGAGACCUGAAGAUAUGACUUGUUGGGCCACCAUAAAACUCAUAAGUAACAAUUCACAUGUAGGAGGAGACGCGUGCAUUCGUGUUGAACAGCAUUGCACGGUAUCAAGAUGUAUAGGCAUCGUACACAAGGCACAACAACCGAGUACGCAUCUCCUCGCCGUGUGCACUCAACAUGUACCCCUCUGCUGGUUUGUGUACGUGUUGCCUCUGUUGGGGUGGGUGAGUUGUGAAACCGGCACAUGCCUGCAUUCAAUGCUGGAGAUAAUGGUCUGUAACGUGAUCAACAAUUUUUUGGGCAUUUCCACUCAGUGGCAUGAGCUCAGCAACACACAAGGCAUAAAAGUUAUAUACUCCAUUUCAAUGAACAAUGAAGAUUUCACAAGUUCGCAUUCUUCAAGCAGAAGCGGCCCAAAGUUUGACUAG